AUGACGGAGCGUAUCUUGGUGAAGAAGGAGGGGGCAUGUGUCAAGGGCUUGGAGAGGUUUAACAUCUUGGUGGUGGCGACCGGGAAGAAGAUCAAUUUUGAAGAGAAGAAGAGCAAGCUCAAAGAGAGGAGGGUUGAGCUCGCAUCUGCUUCGGAGGAUACCAAUAUGUUGACCAUUAGGAUAGACGAGUUGGAUCCCGAUCUGGCGAUGAUCGUACGCACCAUCUAUGUUAGGAUGUUGAAACGCUUGGCGGCCGAGAUGGGGCCGGACGAGAAGGAGGCGGCGGAUGAGGAGGAGCCGGUGAAGAACUGUCUCACGACAUAUUCUUCCCGAGCCGUCGCUUUCCCUUCUCUCUCUCCCCCGACGUCUUUAAGAGAGAAGAGAACCAAGCCAAAACCAGCCGACAAAUACAGGGCCGAGCUGUCAACAGUCUCAGUGGAACCCCCCUCUGUCUCUCUCUCUCUCUCUCCCGCCGGAGAAAUCCAAGGGUGCCAAAGCGGUGCUCUGGUCCGCGUCGCGGCAACGGUGAAGGGGAGGUUUCUUGGCGCGUGCUUGCUCCUGCUUGUGGCGGCGGCGGCGGUGCUGGCCGACGGCGAGGGCGAGGAGGGGAAGCGGGGCGUCCGCCUGCUGGACGCGGGGAGGCUGGAGAAGUUCGUGGACGAGCUGCCGGACAUGCCCGUGCUGCGCGGGUACGGCGUGGCGGAGGGCGGGAACCUCGUCGCCGGCGAGCUCGCCGUCGGCAUGUGCGACACCACAUGGGCACUACGUUGUGAAAUGGAGGGAGUACUACGCUGGGCGCACGCGUGCUGACGCCGUGUGUUGGUGGGAGUGAUUACUGUUCAUUGUUCAGUGUAAGUUUCUUCAGAUCAGACGUCUCAAGGUUUCCAUUUUUUUGUGUUGUUUUAGAGAAAGGUUUGAAUGCAGUGACUAUGAUGCUUCCAUGCAUGCUUAAUAAAUUAAAUUAAGGGAUUAGAACCCGCAUUUUUCUCCAGAAACUUUAUGCGCCGAGUAAUUUUGAACUCUGGAAAGCAUCCCAUCCCACUGGCAACAACCCUGCCCACUAAUCUCAGAGG